AUGACCGUCACACUGAAUGAAAUACUAAAGCGCUUGGCAAACGCGACGCAGAAAAUCGAGAACGGAGAUGUGAAAGGGGAACCGCUCGAUGAUGAGGAAAUGGAGGAGAAUGGAUCGGACACUUCAUCACAUAUCGCUGACACGAAUGGAAAUGGAAAUGCUGGCAGUGACGGUGAGAAAGCGAACGGUUUGGCUAAGGCAAAGUCCCGAAGGAGAUACAAGGGGAAAAAGAAAACAGUGAUCGCUGGGCGGACUUGGGUGAAGCUCGAGGAUCCGCACGCGCCGAGACGACCCCGAUCCGCUUAUGUUCUGUUUUUGAGCACAAAUCGCAGCAAGUACGGAUCGGCGAAAGAGGGAGUCCACAAUCAGUCGGGGAUCAAUGUGGCGCUGGCGAGUGAAUGGCAAAAGUUGAAUGAGAAUGAGAGACAAGUUUAUAUCGAUCGCGCUAACGAGGAACGGGCACAGUACGAGCGAGAGAUGUCCACGUAUAAAGAUACCCCGGAAUACUACGAAUUUGCGUUGAAAAAGUCGGUGAUUAUGAAACAGCGCAAGAUGUACCGACAAGCCGGCAUUCCGACUGAACAGCUUCAAACAAGCGAGGAAGCGAUUCUGAAAAUGGACAAAGUUGAGUUGGAACGAUUGCAAUCGGCGCUGAAAGGCGGUUCAGUUAGCAAGAAUGCGAAAAAUCAACAAACGCCGGUCUUCGAUCUUUCAUCAAUGGUGCCAAAAGUGGGCGAUGUGGCCAUUUUCUCGGAUGCUUUUCUCAACUAUAACAAAAGUCGUGAAGCGGAUCUCCGAGCUGUCCGUCGUGCAAUUGGGAUCGCUGAAGAUGAAAGGCAGGGAUUGAUGGGAGCAAUCACGAGACUGACUUCAAAUCAUUCCGAAGUUGCCGAGCAAAACACAAUCGUCGAGAAUCAGCUACAAGCGUGGCUGAGUGUUGCGGCAACGGCUCUCUCACUGGCUGCACUUCCACAAGCGACCGAUCUCCCGCGAAAUUCCACUCAGCAAAAUGUCUUCGAAACGAUCACACAGGCAGCUGCAAGCCCGGCUUCAGACGCGUUGGCGAUGGCUCUGCGAGAGGCGUUGAAGGGCGCGCAAUUCUCCACAGCCACU